AAAAGGAAACGAGACAAGAGGGAGGGAGGAAGAGGAGGAGGAUGAUAAUAACAAUAAUAAUAAUAAAUAAAAGUGAGAGGUGGGUGAGGCAAAGAGCUUUGGGCCGCCGAUAGAUGUCAGGGCUGCACCCACAGCCAUACAACAUUCUUCUUCAUCCCCAAAGGGACCACACAACUAACUCUUAACAUUCAAUACUUUCACGGAUUAUUCUCUCUUUCCCAAUCUACCCUUUUAUUCCCUCUUAAGCUUAACUUACACAACCAUACCAUACCAUACCAUACCAUAGUAGCUUUUUCCACAUCCCACAAUGCUGUGUAAACUCAUGUCCGGGCCACGGAAGAAGAAGCCUGGCACUGUUCCCGUUUACAUUAACGUAUAUGACCUCACCCCCAUUAAUGGCUAUGCAUAUUGGCUUGGCCUUGGAGUUUACCAUUCAGGGGUUCAAGUUCAUGGCAUUGAAUACGGUUUUGGGGCGCAUGAACUUGACACAACGGGAAUCUUUGAAGUGCAACCGAAACACUGUCCUGGGUUCACAUUCAGAAAAUCAAUUUUCAUUGGAACAACGGAUCUGGGACCGAAAGAUGUUCGGGCAUUCAUGGAGAAACUGGCUAAAGAGUACUCUGGCAGCACCUAUCAUCUCAUCUCAAAAAAUUGCAACCACUUCUGUAACGAUGUUUGUCUCAAAUUAACGGGAAAGUCAAUCCCUCGAUGGGUCAAUCGACUGGCUCGACUUGGUCUUCUUUGCAACUGUGUUCUUCCCCCUGGCCUAAAUGACACAAAGGUUCAACAAGUUACAUUGGAAAGGGUUCAGGAAGGAGAAAAGAGGAAAACGAGAAGUCAAUCAAGCAGGUUCGGGGCUUCCUCCAAUUCUUCAUUAUCGUCUUCAUCUCGAGGUUCAGCCAUUAAAAGUAGUAGCCAAAGACAUUGCCUUCCUCCGACUUCAUCUUUGAUUCAUAAUUCUUCAACCUCAACCUUAACAGUGAAGUAAAGCUUUGGCAGGAGAUAGACUCUGAAUUAUAGGGGUUUAGAAUGAUGUUAGCAACCUAAGAUGAGCAGGGAAGAAAAUUGUUUAUUGGCUCCAUCUUUCUGUUCUGCUGUAUAUGUUUCAUAGUGAGCAAUAGCUACUAUGGAAUGGUUGCUUUGUUUUCUCUAUGUUCUUUUUAAAAUGCUUUCUAUAGUGAAUGGAAAGUUCCUUUUUUUCUACAUUUUUUGGCUUUGUAUUCUUGAAUUUUUUAUAUUUUAACUUGCAUGGUUAUAUAGCAUGUUUGGCCCGGUUACCUAGUUUUGAGGAUGAAAAUGACGUUUUAUUCUCAAACCAUUGUAUUUAGUGAAAAUUGCCAACUUACUAAUAUGCUAGGACCCUGUUUAACUGCUUACAUAAACAGCCUUAUUGGGUCAUUUGGGCU